UUUUACAAGUAUUCACAGAGCGAUCGUCAUGCACACGCUGUAGAAAGUCUCUGUUGUUUGUUCCUUCGUAUUUGUGUGGUUGUAUUUAUUCUUCCCGCUCAAACAUCAAGUCAAUUAAUUCUUGUGGUAAAAAUGGCCGAAGAAGUAGCUAAGGUUGCGGAAGAAGUGGCCGCUAAGGAAGGAGAGGCACAACUCGAAAAGAAUGGCGAUGUUUCUGUCAAGACCAGAGCUCAGAAGAAAGAACUUUCUGAAACGAAGGCGGCAGAAGAAACAAACGAGCCAAAAACCGCUGAAACAUCAAAAGAUGAUGGUAAAAGCUCAGAUGAAAAAGACGGAGGAAAGACUUCAGCUGAAGCGGCCUCAUCGGACAAGAAUGGAGAACAACACGAAACUAACGGAGAAGUCGACUCGUCCAAAAAUGGCGCGGAAACAGCUGACAAAGACGAAGAAACAAAAGCGGCUGUGAAACGAACGCACACGAAGGACGACAAAGCCAAGGAUGGCGAAGAAAGUCUAAAGAAAAAGAAACCUGACGAGGAAGCAGAACCAGCUCCUGAGGAAGCAAAAGCUUAAACAAUGGACGUUUCCAGUUUUACAGAAAAAAGUCUUAAUAUAUGAGCAGUUAACAUCAUACUAUAGGCUAUGCAAAGCUAUUGCUCAAUGUUCAACUGACAGUUUUAUAAUGAGUUUCUUAAUUUCUUAUUCUUUCAUGUGUUGUGUACAUAUAGCAACUCGACUUAUGCAUGUAUAGACGUUCAAUGUGAAAUAUUUUGGUUUGAGCAAAGCUAAA